AUGUCUCGAUCGCAAGCCGGUUCUGCGCUUGCCCUUUCGAGCAUUCUUUCCGACAACGCUCGUGGUGGCUUUGUUCAUGCCACGCACUCGAGCACCAGGACAAUAUACUUGACUGUAGGUCAGUUUCCACGCCUGCACCAUCAAGUAUAUCUUUUCGACUCCGCUCGUAUGGUCUGUUUCUCGCCAUCAUUCGAGCUUCUCGACAACUCCUCCUAUUGCCUGUUGAGAUAUGUCACAAGAAUGAUUCACAUCAUGAUCUUCUUGUUUGGAGUUAAGUUCCACCCGCGUAGCUUGAGGGAGCUCGCGUGGUGGGAAUCACCGAUGAUUCACACUAUGCUCACCGUGAAACGUCACCAUGAGAUUCACAUUGCGACCACUAUGAUAUCGAUUUCCGGCCACGAGAUUCACAGUACGCCCACCGACAACGACACCAGAGAUUCACAGGAAUCUCAUGAUGGUGUCACUGUGGGAUUCGAAGUACGCUCGUCGUGA